UCAAAUCUCAGUGUUAUUUUUAUCUCCAAAAUGAAAGACAUAUUUUUAGUCCUCUUAAUAAUGGUUGUCAUUGCCACUCCUAGCUUGUGUGUUACAGUAGUCCCUCAUGCAGAUUCCAGCUUCAAUGUUGUUAGCUAUGGUGCAAAAGGAGAUGGCCAGACUGACGAUUCACAAGCCUUUGAGAAAGCAUGGCAAAACGUGUGUGGUGCAACACAAGACACCACAACACUUCUCAUACCUGAAGGGAAAACGUUCUUGUUGCAACCCAUGCUAUUUAAGGGUCCUUGCAAAAGUGGCACUAUUAACAUUGAGUUUCAAGGAACUAUCGUCGCCCCAAAAACCCAAGGUGCUUGGAAGUGGGGUGGUCUUAAUAAGGGAGCAUGGGUGAAGUUCUCGGGAAUAAGUAACCUUGUCAUCCAGGGAGGAGGAAAAAUAGAUGGAGAAGGUGCUUCUUGGUGGCAAACUUACCCAGAAAUUACACCAAAUGCACUUCAAUUCCAUCAAUGUAAGAAUCUAAGGCUUAGCAACUUGACUCACAUCAACAGCCCAAAAAUUCAUAUAAGCAUAUAUUCAUGCAAUGACUUUAGCAUCGCGAACAUUCAUAUUAUUGCUCCAGAGAAAAGUCAAUCCACCGACGGGAUUGAUAUCACAAGAUCAUCUAACAUCCUCGUUGAGAAUUCUAAUAUUGAAACAGGGGGUGACUGCAUUGCCAUUAAUAAUGGUUCCACCUUCAUCAACAUAACUGGUGUUACAUGUGGUCCUGGUCAUGGCAUAAGUGUUGGGAGUCUUGGAAAAAACAAUACAUAUGAAACGGCAGAAGAGAUAUAUGUACACAAUUGUACCUUCAUAGGAACUCAAAAUGGAGCUAGAAUCAAGACAUGGAGGGGAGGAUCUGGAUACGCAAGAAAAAUAACAUUUGAAGAUAUCAUACUUGUUGGAGCAAAGAACCCUAUUAUCAUUGACGAACAGUUUUAUGCUAUUGGACAUAAUGAUAUACACACGGGAGUGCAAGUGAGUGAUGUGACUUAUGACAAUGUGAGGGGAACCACAGAUUCUAAUAAUGCAAUCUCAUUGACAUGUGACGACAAAGUUGGUUGCACCAAUCUUGUAUUCAAUAAUAUUAAUAUAACCACUAUGAGUGGAUCAGAACCAUUUGUAGAAUGCUAUAUGGCACAUGGGAAAUGCUCUUCGAGUUUUCCAAAUGUCACAUGUCUUUCUGCAUAGUAACAGAGGUUUUGAUGUUACUAUGAAAUGUUGAAAUAAGAAUUUAUGUAUGAA